AUGGUUUUUGUAAAUAUACUAGCUGACCACUACGAAAAGCAUUUCGCUAAUCCUCAACACGAUACUUCGAACAAACUUCACCAGGAAGCGAUGGACAUCUUCGAAAACUUCAAAUAUCUUCCCAAAGUACCACUUGAACAAACCACAUACCAAGAGGUGGAACGUGAAUGGAUGAAAUUCCAGCCCAAGAAGUCAACUGACAGCACUGGUACGUCUGCUCUGAUUCUGAAGAAACUACCGGCCGAAUAUCUUGCAAUAAUUACCACACUAUUUAACAAAUGUGCGAAAAAUGGCGACUUCUUUGACAAAGGAAAAAUUGCCAAAGUAAUCUGUCUAUCAAAAGAUGGUCUAUUUCCAACCGUCAACAAAUUAAGACCUAUUUCAUUGCUUCCCAAUCUGGCUAAAUGGUUCGAACGAAUCAUCCAUGCCCGGAUUCUCAAAUGGUGCAACGAACUCAACAUUGCGGUCGAUGAACAGAGCGGCUUCAUGCAAGGCCGAAGACUACAAACCAGAACUCUCUCACUAAUCGAAAACUUACGACUAACAACGACAGCCUGCAACAGACCUGCACUAGCGAUCUUUGUCGACUUUGCCUCGGCUUUUGACCGAAUGUGGCACCCAGCGCUGAUACGGAACCUAAACGAACUUGGAAUGCCUCUCCCACUUCUUAAGUGGGUGCAUUCCUGGCUAACGAAUCGCUGGCUCUAUCUAUCUUACGGAGAUGAAAACUCAAGAACAAUACAAAUGCUGUUAGGUGCGCCUCAAGACUCAGUUCUUGCUGCUACACUUUUCCGACUCCAUAUUCACUUUCUACCAGCUAUUUCCAAUGGAACGUCAGUACACAUGUUCGCAGACGACCUCGCAAUCGUUCUCGACGGAGCUAUUGAGAAACGCCUCUCCGACAACAUUAUUGAUUUGGAAAAACAAGCGAGCACAAGCAUGAUGAAGCUGGAACAAUACUCAAAUGAGCUAAUACUACCUGUAAACGUCGCGAAAACGAAAGCUCUCCUCGUGCAUAGCGCGGUCGCUCCGAGUCUACCGAAAGUACAAUAUCAAGAUCAAAAAAUCGAACAUGUCAAAUCCCUCAAAUACCUAGGUGUACACAUAUCAACGAAGCUCGGCUGGGGAUACUACAUAAACGAAAGACUGCGCAAAAUAAGAAACAUUUACAAAGGUUUACGACAAAUAUAUAAAACAAUUUCUAUAGAGCACACCGACGUUCGUCGAAAGAUUUUUCUCGGCUAUGCACUUCCACAUUUCUACUGGCUGUUCUCAACCUGGUUCUAUUUCACGGAGCGCCAACAGCGGUCAAUUGAACACGUCUACUGCUCAGGAAUUAGAUUAACAUACUCGAUUUAUGGCUGGGACGACGUUACCACACUGAUAUUAAGCCAGGAGAAAAGUUUGCGCGACUAUCUCUACUCGUACUGGACACGCCUAUGUUUACAUCUCGAAAAAGCAAGCGAAGCAGUAAACUUUCAACAAUCAUGGAAGGCAUUCCAAAUACUAACAGAUCACGAUACAGAAUGGAGAAGAAAUAUUGAUCUAGGUAAGAACAAUCGGUUUCUUACGAGACUAAUUGAACGCGUACAACAUUCCCUAAGGGAUUGGAAAAUGUUUCAAAACGAACACAAACAGCAGCUAAUGGCAUACAAAAACGAUACCCAAUACCUAAACAUGUUCAUAUACAAAUAUUAUAUACAACCGAUAGAUGAAAGAACUUAG